UUUUUUUUGUUGGGUUGGGUGUAUGUGUAAUUGUGUCUCUCUAAUUUAUUAAAUUCUUUGUCUGGAAAUGGGAACGGCCUGCCCUUGUGUCUGUGGACUGUUACUCCAUUUCUCCUUUCUGAGUUAAUUCUUAAAUUAAAUAAAGGGUUACUCUGCUCUCUUUAAUCUCUAUUUGUCUUGGACAUGGUCUUUUGUCUACCUCACAUCCCCCACCUUUCCCUCACCCAUUACUCGGUGGGUUUUGUUAGCUCCCACUUUCAUCCAGAGGGAGAUCCUCAAGCUUAAAGCUUCUUAUCCCUCGCUUCCAUUUCACGGAUUGCUUCUUGGGUUUUCGUCCCAGAUCCUUCUUCAUAGAUCGGACCCUUUUCCUCCUCUUCCUCUUUUUCAAAUUUCAAAUUUCCAUCUGUUUGUUUGGUGGUUGUCGUCUUCUUUUGUGGCGGAGGUUUUUAAUGCGAGAGCUGAAUUAGCGGAUAAUAUGAAUACUGUUUAAACCUCAUAUUCUUCUUCGUCUUCUUCGUCUAAACAUAUAUUUUCUUUUUCGUUUCGAUUUUGUUAAAGGGUAUAUCGAUAGGGAAAAGGGUUUGGUUUUUGACUCCUUCAAUCUGAAUUCUGAACUAAUCUUAUCGGCGACUUCGGCGAUGAUGAUUCUUCUAAUCUCGUCAAAAUUUAUGGAUAUAAGUUGAGCCGCCUUGAUUUCUCCGCCCUCCGCCCUACACCACUGCUAUUUUCUAGAUUCAAUCAAGUGUAUGCAACUUGUUUUGUUGUCUGGAAAACUUUGUUGACCUGGCUCGUAUUUGAUAGGGAAGUUUACAUUUUCUCUAAUGCAAGGGCAAAGGAGUAGUGUUGGUUCAUUGUCGGAAACCAUAAACUUUGAACAUGGAUCUUCAUCGAAUAAUCCUGGUAGCCAACCAGUUUACUGGAAUAACAUGUGGAAUCCAGCAGAAAACCGAAUACCGGAUUAUUUGUUGCCUACUACUGAUAUAAAUACGGGAUAUGUAACCACGGUGAGCCAUGAGCAACGGAAUUUGAGUAGAUGGAGCUUAGGUGAACCUAGCUCUUGUGAUAUGCAAACCGAGGCAUUAUCUGAUGAACAAAAAGGUGAGGUUGGAUGGUCUUCAGUGUCUCGUGAUGCAGAUGGUCCAGUUACAGAAACCCGACUCUGUGAGCCGUCAAAUAAUCCUACACUGGGUCAUGUGAAUUUCAGCCCAAUGAUUAUACAAAAUUCCAAUUCUAAUGCACUUCCUCAUAGUCUAAAUUUAAAUGCAAGUUUUGCUAGUCAUGGAGGUGAGAGUAGCCGAGUUAAUGAAGGUUCUAACUUGUAUAAAUCUAAUGGAUCAGAAGAAGGACGGGCUCUAUGUUCUAGUGCUUCGGAUCCUCUUUUACUUCCUUCUGGAAAUAGUGGACUUCCAGUGGUUGCAAAUGAUGGUAGAGCAGGAUCUUCCUUGGAUGGACGUCGAGCACCCUGUAAACGAAAAGCUAUCGAGGGAAGUGUUACACAGCCCUCUUUAAGUGGAAGCAGUAACUAUGCUCAGCAUAUUGAAAGUGGUGCUGAGCCCACUCUUCCAGUUUUUCCUGGUCGCUACAACACAGGAAGUAGGCUAACUAUUCCUGCUCCACCAGCACGAAUGAAUCAAGCUCCUGUACGAGGUGCAGGUGAAAUGACUUCCAACAGCUUCUCUGAGUCAAUGGUUGCAGAAAGUUCAGAUAGUUCUCAAAGAAACUAUCGUAUAAGGAUUAGUUCAUCCAAUGCACAAGAUUCUUUUGCACCGACUGGAAUGACUGUUCGGCAUCCCGGGGCCUCAUCUUCCCAGCUGCCAGCUAGAAUUCUACCUGCUGAGCAUGUAUUAGACUUGAGGCCAGCACCAGCUGUAGACAAUAUAUCUGCUCAAGGUCAGCCACUUAUGAUACAUGUGCCUGCUUUACCUCGAAGUCUGCAACCAUAUAGGUGGAAUGGGAGCUCUACUUCAAGAAGUGGCAGUUCAUCGAGCUCUGCAGGGGAGAGACAGGUGGUGCAACGUGAGGAGGUGAGACCAAGCAACAUGGGAAGAAACGUAUCUGAACAUCCCAUGUUUGUCCCAGCAAACGAGCUGAGGAAUUUGGUCCGUAAUCCAUCAAGUAGAGGUUUAGCAUCUUCAAACCUGUCCAUUCCUGGAACUGUUGCUUCUACAUCCAGGGUUGGUUCAAGUUCAGGGGUCCACCCCCCUUCUGGACCUUGGAUGCCUCCUGAGAAUAGUCCAACACAGUUUCCUAGAAGGUUAACAGAAUAUGUUCGUAGGCAGCUAUUUUCUUCUGCUACAAAUGAGUCUGGAGGUAGGACAAGUAAUUAUUCACAACGAUCCGGUUCUACUUCUGCCCAGGAUAUGGUUCUUUCAUCUGGAUCUGGCCGUCGGGGGCACCAUUUAUUGCAACCAAGGUCCGCAUUAUGGAUGGAAAGAAGAGGUGACAGUGGGCUUGGUCUUCCCUAUUCAUUACGAACCUUGGCUACUUCCGGUGAAGGAAGCGACAAUAAUAGACUAGUAUCUGAGCAGAUUCGCAAUGUCUUGGGCCUUGUCCGCCGCGGGGAAAGCUUACGAGUUGAGGAUGUGAUGAUCCUGGACCAGUCACUAUUUUUCGGGAUGGCUGAUAUUUACGAUCGGCACAGGGAUAUGCGCCUUGACGUUGACAACAUGUCGUAUGAGGAAUUGUUGGCUUUGGAAGAGCGCAUUGGAAACGUCAACACUGGACUAAGCGAAGAGACGAUUGUUGCUCGACUGAAACGAACGAAGCACGUCAAUGCCCCCGAACCACAGGUCGAGGAAGAACCAUGUUGUGUUUGUCAGGAGGAAUACAAAGAAGGGGAAGACAUUGGAAUGCUGGACUGCGGGCACAAGUUCCACACACAAUGUAUCAAGCAAUGGCUGAUGCAAAAGAAUAUAUGUCCCAUCUGCAAAACAACUGGUUUUGCAAGCCGAGAAUGAAUGUUGGCUCGUAGAGUGAACAUGGUGGCCCGUGGCUUGAACGAAGAUAAGCGACCGAACAGGGGACGCCUCGAAGAGGGGGGAUGCUAGGAAGUUGCUUGUCGAUUCUCUACGUUCGGUCGGGAAAUCGAAGAGCCACAUUGAAGUUCUCUAUAUACAUUCUACAAGUAGUAAAAUUUUAAAAUAUGCAAGCAAUCCAUUUUUUGUUUUUUAUUUUAUUUUGGAAGAAAAAUUCAAGGUUCUAAUUGGCAUGGAAUUGUUAGCUUAAGGUUAUGAUGGUCAGUGAAACUAAUUAAUGUUUACUCCCAUUGACAUUAGAGAUUGUUGGUCUUAAUAUAUCAUCGGACUUUCCCUUACUCA